GCGCUCUCUACGAGUUUGUUUAUCCCUGGCGGCAUAUUAAAUGUUUUAUAAUGUCGAAAAGUUUGUCGCGUUAUAACAUAUCUGUAGUCGAUGGCUUUGUUCGAGAAAGCACAACAUUCAGAGAGCUGAGUAGUAAUGCAAAAUGCAUACUCGCUGAUUUACUUUCCAUGACAAAUGGAGACCUGACAAAAACAGCAUCAUAUCUGGACAGUCUCUUAAACAAGACCCAAAUGAGAAUCAAACUUCUUUCGGAUGGAAAUAUGAGCGACGAGGAGUUUUACACAGAACUUAUGAAACUAAAAAAUGAGCAAAGAGAUACUGUUGAUAUAAUUGAGCGACUUUACUUAGGUUCUGGCAAAUCUGAUAUAGAACAAAACGACUGUAAUUUUUCGGAAGAACUUGAUGAAAUAGAGGUUUCAAAGAAUUUUACGAACAAUCAGUUAAAUAGCUUUGAAAGUGUAUAUUGCGGCUGCAAUCAAAGUACACAUUUACAACACGAAGAACCUGAAUCUCAACAUAUUGAAAAUAAUUAUGAGUAUUCGAAAGCUAAAGAAUGCAAUCUUUCGGAGACACACAGCGAAGAAUGUGGAUGUUCAAAAACCAAAAUUGAUGAAAAUAGAACAAACACUGACAACCAUCACAGUAAAACAUUUGUUCGUGAGUCUAGUCCAUCAGUCACAUCUUGGCGGCACCACAUUACUGUACCGGAACCCUUUGAAAUGACAAAACGAGAGGAAUCUUUAAAACGUAUCAAAAAUCUACAAAAUGAAAACAGGUGUUCACAGCCUGCAACUGUUCAGGAUGAUGCUAAUGUACACUUUGGUAGACAAUUUAAAGCUAAACCAGUGCCUUCACAUGUGUAUUUGCCAUUAUAUGAGAAAUUAAUGGAAGAUAAUGCUCUUAGACGUGAAGCUGUCAGGGCGUAUCGCAAAGAAAUCUUGAAAUCAAUAGAAAAACCAUUUAACUUUACCAUUCGUGAGAACCUUAAUAAAGAGCGAAACGACUUCAGUCGGGAAAAGAUUCAGCAAAAUAUGAACUUCGGCACUGACAAAAAACUUUUACAUUCUAAAGAUGAUGGACCUUCAGAUCCUUUAAACUUACCAUCACAGUUAUAUGAAAAAAGAUUUGAACGUAUGCAAGAGGAUUUACUGUUAAAACAAAUUAAACGUCAUUUACGUGCUCAAAGACUACUACAGUCAGCUUCUUUACCACCGGGUAUGGAGGAGCGACAACAUCGUAUGAAUAUGAGAAAGCAAGAAAGAAAGGCUAGAGACAAAAGACUUAAUCGGAUUACUGUUCUUGGUUUAGAUAAUCCAGAAACAGUACAAAAACAAUAUCAUUAUUAUCACCCAGCUCCAGACUUUAAACAGUUACACUGGAAAUCUAAUAAAACACUUCGACGUUUAUGGAAGCCACCGCCAGAGCCAACUAGACCAAAAUCAUUUAAAUUACGAACAAGUGAACGUGCUAAUUCAGUUGAUCGUCGUUCAUCAGAAAUAAGUAAAGUGAAAAAGAUGGAAGAGAAUACUUCUCAGUCAAUUGUGAAACAACCAGUUUUAGAUUCUUCACUACCACCCGCUUUAUCAAGAUCAACUUUUCUUCGUGAAAAUUACAUUAGAAAUUCACUCGCUAAAGCAGAUUUAGAUGCAAAAAAGAAAGAAGAAACAGAAUAUUUAAAGAGAAUAAAACAGAAAGAAGUGUCCCAUACGAUGAAAGAAACAUUAGGCGGACAAAUCAUAUCACCUAAACAACUUAUCAAUUCUAUUACUGAAGAGCGUAAACGUCAGUUAAUUCAAAAUGAUUUAAAUCGUCAAGCAGAAUAUCAGCGUGAAUUGAAUGCGAUUCAACAACGUGUCGCAUCUAAACCAUUGUUGUUAACAAGACAAAGUCAAAUUGUUGUACGUAAACGUGCUGAAGCGAAAUUCGAUGCAUCUUUUCAAAAUGCUGGUUUAAAUUUAGAUGAAAUAAUUGAAAAAUGUCAUGAAACAGAUGAUAUGAAAACAAAUUAUAAAAAAUCUAUGACAAAGGCUUCUGUAGAACCAUAUGACCCAGAAAAUCAUUUCGGUGACCUAGGAAAUAACUAAAGCAAUAUGAAAUUAGAAUAUAUUUCCACAUUAUUACAGUGAAUUCUUAUUGACCAUUUAGUUAUUCAUCUAACCAUUAUUUAUAAAUUGUAUCCUUGUAAUCAUGGACAAACAGAAUUUAUUACUUAUAUUCAAUUUGAAUAGUUUAACUAAUUUUACACGGAAUACCAGUAUACAUCUUAUUUAUCAAGAUUUCUUGGUUUAAAUGAUCUUCCAUCAGUCUGAUUGGUUUCUAAAAUUUUUCAGCCAUACAAUUCUUUUUGUUUUACUAAAGCUUUCGAAGUUUAUUUAACUACUUGUAAGUAGGCAAAUUAGAAAGAUUCAAAUUUCCAACAUCGAAUUUAUCGCAACCAAAAGUCCAUAAAGAUUUCUACUGUUAUCAUAUCGACUAAGUAGGAAAAUCCUGUAAAACCUUUUUUUAUAGAACUAUACUAUUCAGUAUAAAUGUCUUCAAUAUCUGAAUUUUAAUUUUUUAUGCUGAAAUUAACUAGAAAAAUGAAGUGAAAAUCUAUCUACAAGUGUUUGCAGUAGGUUUUCAAGUGUUUAAGAAAUGAAAACGACUUAAGUUUGUGAUAAAUAUAGAACUAAGUAGUUUGAAAGUGCAAUCGUUUCUUAGAUUUUACUAAAAAUUAUUUCUGUCGUAAAAUAAUUAGUUCUUGUUGACAUCUGUCAAUCUAUAUCUGCAAUGAGUAUUACUGUUUGUAAAUUUUUUCCUAUAUUUAGUCCUGUCAAAUAUCUCGUUAUAUUUUCAUAUGACGGAAUCUGCUUAGUUAUAUUUAUGGAUCUCUGGAUGUAUACUGCCUAUAGGAUGAAUGGGAUUUCUACCAACCAUUUUGUAAGACUAUAUGCAUCUACAGUUGAUGUAUAUACCUCUUUUCAAACUACAACGCCGUUUAUUGGUUGUGAUCUAAAAAAUCCACAAUAACAAAGUUCUUGUGUUUAUAAGUAUGUCGAUUUUCAAACAUGAGUUAGAAGCUUCCUAAGCUUUAGUGUUUCUUUGAUAAAAGUAACGUAGCUUCACUGCAAGUGCUAUAGUACCAUUCAUGAAAAUCGUAGUAAGCUCCUUCCGUAGAAAAAUAAUGUUAGUCGCUUCUAACACAAAGAAUGUUUGAGCAAACAAUUGUUUUCAAUAACUUCAUCAUCAGGCUCUACAGUUAUAAGUUCAUAAUUAUUGUGAUAUUUUGUAAAGGCUAAAAUGAGAUAUAUAUUAGAGUCUAACGAUGAAGCUACUGAAAACAAUUUUCCGCUCAAAUAUUCUUUGUUUUGAAUAUUCUUUGGGGAAUUUUAAACGGCCGAACCACUUCUGUUUAUAUUGCUGGGUGUAUUUUACCCACUCAUUUUAUCUUGUCACAAACUUUCGCUGAAUCUAAAUGUGAAGCGUCACAUCAACAAAAUAUAUCAGGGUACAACCUCAAUGUUUACUUAGUUUAAUCAAGUCUCACCUUUUCAAUGGCAGACCCUAUCACACAACUUAGAUGUCGUUUGAAUUAAACUCCACCACAACUUGACGUUACAAUUUGUCGUGCAUAACUACCAAUAUCUAACCGACAUCAAACAAUAAUUAUUCUAGUGAAUAUAGCUAGACGAUCUCACAAUGAUGUGCAGACUGGAAUAUUAUUUAUGGUAUCAUCUACGGUCAGAACAGAACACUAAUUGCACUUCGAUUUUUUUUACCUACAAGGUUAAAGGUAAUUACUACUAAUUUCGAAAGUAAAGAACUUGAAUCGUUGUUGUUGAGGCCUUUCAAAAUGAGGAGUUAUGAUUUUUUAAUUCCCUAAGAUGCAAACUUCACAACCUCGCUGAGUGUAUGUAGCCCUUUAUUUUUCAAGGAAUUUACGGGUAACAAUGUUCUUUCCUUAGGUUCUGUAUUUUUUAUAUAAUAAAUUUCAUUAAUGAAAAAAAAUGAAUUAGAGAUUUAGUGAAAUACUGAUUUAUCAAUUACUAUUAUUCCUUAUAAUAUGUUUAUCAAAAUCCGAACAGACAGAAUUAAUAAGGAGGUCAAAUAAGACAACAAGGAAAAAUUGAUUAUUACCACUGACUUAGACAAUGUGUUUACUUCUUUGACUGUAGGGAACAUAAAACAUCCAUCAUUGAUAUAAGUCACAAUUGUGUUGUGUGGUGUGUGCUUAGACAUGAACUUUUAUUUAAUGUUUUUUUUAGCAAACCAAAGCCAACAUUUAUUCCUGAGAAUUAUCUACAGUCUUGAUAGUUAUGGAUUUUGUGAAAGCGUUUAAUUAAAAUGUACCAUUAAGUAAUUGUCAUAUGACUGGUGUCACUAAGUACAUGAUUAUUAUCCAACUUAUAAUUAAUCUUCCGAACGAUUGUAAUCAAGGAAUUACUACAAACAAAUAUACAUUCCAAAGUUGAGACAAUUCUACUUUGUAAAGAAUUAAAGAUUUGUUAAGGGAACAGUUUAAAUUUUGUAAGUGCUUCUCUUAUGUCUUAAUAAAUGAUAAAUUACAGGAUUUGAAGAUCCAGGUCCAGCCAACAUAACAAUAUUCCUAAAAAAAGUCUUUUUGACUUUUCAAAAACAAGUGAACAUUGAAGAGGCGUAAAAAACUGAAAUACGAUGCUAAUAGAUAAAUCCUAUCUACCAAACAUGUUAUGUACCAUUCAUUCAAAGUUGUAAUACUUCGUUCGUUGUGAUUUUUUAAGCUAUUUUACAUGUAAAUCUAUAGAUAGGAUGUCAUUUUCUUAAUUUGAUUCAUUUUACAAUUACAACUAGUUACAUUAGCAUCAAGCUAAUUUAGUUGAAUUUAAUUUCCCUGUCAGAUUUGACAAUUUUUUGUUUUUAAGAUCACUUAUACUAUAUGUUUUUCUAUGAAAUUGUAACCUUCAAAAGAUGUAAUCCAUUCAGAAAACUAUUAGCUGAAGAUCUAUUCCUUUCUUCCCAUCAUAAUUAAUGUUAUUUUUUAUAAAGAAAGAAACCUUUGACAUUUCCAUGUACUAUCAAUACAUUUGUUUUUCUGACUUAUUUUAUGGAUGAAAUUUAGUGAAUAUAUUUGAUAUUGUAAAAGAGAUAAUACAAGUGAAAACCAUUAGUUAAUAUCAAAUACUUGACAGUAAACAGUAAGGAUUUUAAGUUUAUUUGUUUAUUUUUAAAUAUAUGUGUGUACAUAUGUAGUAUGGUACAGUUAUUUGACGAACGUAUUCGGCCAAAUUGUUCUCCAUAAGAAAAGAAGUUUAAAUCACAAACUUACCAUAAUCAGACAACUAAGUUUUAUAUCCUAGUGAUAAUGAAAGUACGGGUAACUUCUGGGACCUGUUAAUAGACGAUUAUUCUAUGUAUGUUCUUAUCGUAUAACUAUUGAGUAACUAGAUUUUGUAUAUCUAUAUUCAUUUUAUUAUAAGCUUCAUUUUGACCUAUGGAUUAUUACUAUACGAAUUACUGUCCUUAAAUUAUAUUCAGUUUAUUGAUUACUGUAUCCCAUGUUCACAGUCACAUUUUGUUUUGAUCGUGUACAAAUAUUAUUUUCAAUUUUAUGGUAUGAUGCGGUUUGUCUGUCUGGUAUAUAAACAGAGUAUGCUUGAAAUAAAUGAUUCGCAUAGCAGAAGCUGU